GCCAAGAAACAAAAAACAUGUGUGAUCUAAUUUAGUCAUUUUAGAAGAUGAAUAGGCCCUACUUAUGAAUUUGUGGCUCUUUUAAAGCAGCAUGACCGUUCUGCUACAGUGGCUUUAACUUAACCUGCACUUCUGCUGAUUCAACACACAACAACAGAAUACGAACACUAAUGAUUGUUUCCUGCUUAAAUCUUUACUUCUCCUCAUCCUCUAUUGAAGCAUCACAAAUUCCCUUGUAAACACAGUUGCCUGCUAAAGUUUUUUGUUACUUUUCUAACAAGCUUAUUGUUUCAGUAGAAUAUCAACUUACUAUUUGUGCAGUCUACAUGCGGCCUAUCAUGCAAAUCUGAAAUACACUAUAAUAUUAGCAGUAUUAGCUUGAAACCUAAAACCUUGGAGGAAAAAAAUACACACACCUUUGAACAUCAUUAAAAAAAAAAAAAAAGAAAGUAAAACAUUACCUGCUUCAUAGAAUCUUAUAAAAUGGCAAAUUGGGAACUUGCCAAAUAUUCAAUGCCACACUAUUGGAAAUUCAGCUAUUGGGUAAUUUAUAUGCCUACUCAAUUCUCCUGCGUGCACUGAUCCAGAACAACUUUCAAAUAUAAAAGUAAGUGAAGAGAGAGCUCAGUCAGGUCAGUCACUGCUGGUCAGACUAGUCUGCUUUCUACCACGCGGUGUCGCUGUUUCUUUAUUGUGAGGAACGGUGAAUCAACAAGUGCGUAUGGGACACGGUGGGUGGCCAACAGUGGAUUUGUGUAAUCAGAACUGCGUCUGGAUUUUAAUGCACAUUUAUGAUGUGCAUAUUUUAUUUAUUUACUUUUUCACAGAUUAAACGCCGCAUCCAGUGAAAGAGGUUUGGGUUUAUAACUCAAAACGCAAUGUACAACUUUGCUUGUGCAAAUGCAAAAAAAUCUGUAUCCAUCCAGACCUUUAUUUAUAUAUUCAUUAAUUUAUUUUUCUUUUAUUGCUUUAUUGUUUUGAACUGUAGAAAAAAUAAGAGUAAAUUAGUUAUAGUGAGUAGUAAAAUCAGAGUGAUUUAGUGAUUAUAGCUAGUGAUUAGUUAUUUUUCAUAGUGAUUAGUUAUUUUUCAGUCCUAUACGAUAUUUUAAUGAAUUUAAUUUAUUUCUAAUUAAACAAAGCAUUUAGUUUUAAUUAAAAUGUUAAAAUAAUGCAUAACUUAUAUAUAGAACAAUAUUCGCUAUGUAUUUAUAACAACAGCCCCCCCAACUGCUGUCAUCACGCAUAAAUAAAUAGUUGAAAGUUUUACUUUUCCAGAUAGUCAAAAGUUCCCCUGUAAUUAAGAAUAGCUCGCAAUGCAACUAGAGAUACACGUACAUUAGAAUUCCUUUGUGCUUCUUUCACUCAUGGGCAAUAAAGUGCUUUACUCAUGCAGGCGCACAGACAGAAUGGUAAACGACUGAACCCCCUAUUGAAUACAGGCAGAGCAGCAGAAAGAGAGAAGGGCUGAGCUGCGACACUCAGUCACAGAGAGGCAGAGGUGUGAAUGAGUUAGGCAGAGGAAGAAAGGGAGCCUCGGAAAGUAAUAGCAGGUUUUCUGUUUCAUAUCGGUUGAAAGUGGGAAAAGAGAUUACAACAUAUCCGGUAGAGAGAAAAGAAAGGGAGAGUACCCUAUAAUUUUGUUUUUUAAGAAGGGUUUGCCAUACUUCUCCACCCGAGCAAAGAGUGCUGUUUCAGGGACACUGAGGACCCCGGGUUGCCAUGAUAAGGAUUUUGGUAACGUGCGUCUCCACGGUGUCCAUCAUCGGGAUGGUGGCCGGUGCUCGCGGUGGAUACGGAAUGAGUAUGUUCGCAGCUCAAUCCUCUCCUCCGGACCCGUGUUACGACGAGAAUGGCAACCCUAGACGCUGCAUCCCCGACUUUGUGAACUCCGCGUUUGGAAAGGACGUGCGCGUAUCCAGCACCUGCGGCGCUCCGGCGUCGCGGUACUGCGUGGUGACCGAGAAGGGCGAGGAAAGAUCGAGGGACUGCAACAUCUGCGACGCCACGGACCCCAAGAAGUCGCAUCCCCCCGCGUACCUGACAGACCUCAACAACCCUCACAACCUCACCUGCUGGCAGUCGGAGAACUACGUGCAAUACCCACAAAAUGUGACUUUGAUGCUGUCCUUAGGGAAGAAGUUUGAGGUGACUUACGUGAGCCUCCAGUUCUGCUCUCCUCGCCCUGAAUCCAUGGCCAUCUUCAAGUCCAUGGAUUACGGAAAAACCUGGGUGCCCUUUCAGUUCUACUCAACCCAGUGCAAGAAAAUGUACAACAAACCGAGCAAAGCUGCGAUCACCAAGCAGAACGAGCAGGAAGCGAUCUGCACGGACUCGCACACGGACAUGCAGCCGUUAACGGGCGGCCUCAUCGCGUUCAGCACGCUGGACGGCAGACCCUCCGCGCACGACUUCGACAACUCUCCCGUCCUGCAGGACUGGGUCACGGCCACCGAUAUCAAAGUGACCUUCAACCGGCUGCACACGUUCGGGGACGAGAACGAGGAUGACUCGGAGCUCGCCAGGGACUCGUAUUUUUACGCCGUGUCUGACCUGCAAGUCGGCGGUCGGUGCAAGUGUAACGGGCACGCGUCAAAGUGCGUAAAGGACCGCGAAGGGAACCUAGUGUGCGAGUGCAAGCACAACACGGCGGGACCGGAGUGUGACAGGUGCAAGCCGUUCCACUACGACCGGCCCUGGCAACGCGCGACGGCCAGAGAGGCCAACGAAUGUGUCGCCUGCCACUGUAACUUACAUGCCCGCCGCUGCCGCUUCAACAUGGAGCUGUAUAAGCUAUCGGGCCGGAGGAGUGGAGGAGUCUGUCUCAACUGCAGACAUAACACAGCCGGACGGCACUGCCACUACUGUAAGGAAGGCUACUACAGAGACAUGACCAAGGCCAUCUCACACAGACGCGCCUGCAAAGCCUGUGAUUGUCAUCCGGUUGGCGCAGCUGGUAAGACCUGUAACCAGACGACCGGACAGUGCCCAUGCAAAGAUGGUGUGACUGGCAUCACCUGCAACCGCUGCGCUAAAGGAUACCAGCAAAGCAGAUCACCUAUCGCCCCCUGUAUCAAGAUUCCUGUUGCUGCACCCACAGCCACCUACAGCAGUUCAGAAGAGCCCACAGACUGUGACUCCCACUGUAAGACUCCCAAGGGCAAGAUGAAGGUCACCAUGAAAAAAUACUGCAAAAAAGAUUUCGCUGUCCAGGUUCACGUGCUAAAAGGAGAUAAGACGGGUGAAUGGUGGAAAUUCACUAUCAACAUCAUAUCGGUCUAUAAGCAGGGCGGACAUCGCAUUCGCAGAGGAGACCAGCUCCUGUGGAUCCGCGCUAAAGAUGUGGCCUGCAAAUGCCCGAAAAUUAAACCGGGACGGAAGUACCUGCUGAUGGGCUCUGACGAUGACGACUCCCGCGGUCAGAGCGGUGUGGUGGCGGACAAGGGCAGCCUGCUCAUCCCGUGGAAGGACCUGUGGGCCCGUCGGCUCAGGAAAUUCCAGCAGCGUGACAAGAGGGGCAAGUGCUAGAGAAAAACAUGGAGGAAAAACAGAGAGAUCAGGAGAGAAGGAAAGAAAAAUAAUGACCCGAGCAACGUCGGAGCAGAUCGAUUGACGAUUGAUCAGAACUGUGGUGAAGGACAACCAGUUGUGCAGUUUUGCCUUCCGUUGUUUAGAGUUUUUUUUCCCAUCAAGAUUUUAUUUUUUCAUAUCUUCAAUUUUGCAGAAUUUGCACCUACUAUUAAGUAUACGUAUAUGUAAAGUCGUUUAUGUGUGAUCCUUUCUGGUGUCUCUUUAUGAUUUCUGUCUUUUUCCACAAAAGAUAAAAAAGAAACAAGCUACUGAGUCAGUUUAUCUACGUGAACGUUUUCCUUCAGAAGAAGUUCGUUGGAGGUCAACAUUUCAAAGUGCAAACAGUGGGGUCCAAAACUCUGGGGUCACACUUAUAAUCUGGAUUUAAAACAGAAAGUCAUAGAAUUAAAAACAAACAAACAAAAAACCUCAAAGAUGCAUUCCAAUGACAAAAUAUUUAUCAUUCUUCAAAUAAUAUUUUAUGACCUGUGGUGCAGUGGACUUUAGAAUCAACAGAGCUAUGUUUAUGAACCCAUUCCCCCACUUUCUGAGCGGAAAUCUCAAAAAAUAAAAUCAAUAAAAUAAAAUAAAAAAAUUCCCACUCAAAAUAUUAUGAUAAUAAUAUAUAUAUUUUUUAAAUGAAACAUUUUGUUCUAAAUUUGAAAAAUGCAAAAUAAAAGCAUUUUCAUCAGUGCUCUCAGACUUUUGGGCCCCACUGUACAUCAUUAAGAGUUUGAUUAAUGAAUUAUAGGUAGCAGUUGCUUGAUUAUGAUAGAAUCAUUAAAAAAAAAGAUAUGUUAAGCCAAUACUUGCCAAAAUUACACAUAGCAUCCUUUACGUUCCUUCCUGUCAGAUAGGAAAUCUUUUGACAAUACCUCACUGUUGCUGUUCAGAAGAAUUGCGAUUGGUUCAAAAUGGCAUUACAUCAUAAUGACAUCAUAAUGUUUAUUUGGUGCCAAAAGUUUUGGCCUUUGAUACUAACUGUGGUGAUCUUUAAAGUGUGAAGUCUACCUUCUGUUCCAUAUCUAGCUAUAGUUUGAGUUUAGUUAUAAAAAUAGAUUAUUAUUUUUAACCACUUUAUGAUUUUUGAGUUGGAAAAAAAAAGUGUUUUUUCUUUAUGAACAAGUUCCCUUUUCACUGUUAAAAAAAUGUAGGUCACAAUUAUAAUAAGCAUAAUCUUAUUAUAUUUAUAAAGACUUCCCAGAUGUAGUAAUCAAAACUCUCAUCAUUAAGAGUGAAAAAUGAAAUCUGAAAUGUUCCUCAAGACAUCAAGACGACUAGAGUUUGGUGAAAUUUUAAUAUUCUAGAUUCUAAAUUUGAGACAUUCUGUAUGUCAUUGCUGAGGUUUAGUGAUAAAGUGAUGGAGGAUAUGAGAAAAAAGAAACAGUGUACACAAGCCCGAAUGGUCUGUAUUUACCAGUGUAUGCAAACGCAAGGUUUCGUCCACCAAAAUAAAUCAGAUAAAAAUGUAUCUUAUUAUCUAGAGAAACAAACAAUUUUCUGUGUUAUCACUUAUGUGGUACCUUUCGUUGUUCUGGUACUUUACUAAGGUGAUAUGCUCUACUGUUUUUGUAUAGUUGUAUAGUUUUUUGUUUUUUUUUGUACAAUAUUUAGUAGAUUAUAUUCUCAUGCAAUUAACCAUUUUUUUUUAUGCCAUGAACUUGAUAUUCUGAAAAUAAGAAAAGGUUUUUUUUUUUUUUUUUAGAUUUUCUUUGUUUACAUGAGUUGAUAGUGUAGUGAGAUGGUUGUACUAUGUCUGUGUGACAGGAAAAUGCACAUGCGCGCACACACACACACACACACACACACAUGCACACUCAGUCACUGUCCAGCUCUGAAACUCUGACAGUGCUUAUGAACUGAAAGGCAGAGGCUAUGGUUUAUUAAAACUCACAGGUAGUUCUUUGGAGAAACCCUGACCUCACAAGUAGACUUUGACCAGUUUUCCAGACAUUUUGGAAAAUGACUCUGAACGUUUUUUUUUUUUUUGGAAGACAUUUAAAAUGUUCAUGGUCCUCCUGUAUAUGAUGUUUUACUGUGUACUUUGCAAAAGCUGUGUAUUGUCCCGUAAUGCAUACUAAUAUAUUAUG